AUGGUUGUCGUAAAGAAACUCACCAAGACACCCAAACCAAGCAAAGGGAGGAAGAAGAUUGAGAUCAAGAAAAUCACAAACAAGAGCAGCCAGCAAGUUACCUUCUCCAAACGUCGGUCCGGCCUCUUCAAGAAGGCAAGCGAGCUCUGCAUCCUCUGUGGCGCGCAGAUCGCCAUCAUCGUCUUCUCUCCAGUCCACAAGAUCUUCUGCUUCGGAUACCCGAAUGUCGACUUCGUCAUCGACCGUUACAUCCGUGAAACGAGCACCGAUGUCCCCCAGGAUGGAGGUGAAGAAGGAGGAGCUGUUGCGGUCGACAACAUCGUGCCAGCCCUGCAUGCGCUGAACGAGGAGUACGACGGCGUUUUGCAAGAGCUGGCGAGAGAGAAGCAGCGAGGCGUGCAGUUGAAGGGAGGUGAGAGGGAGAGGAUGGGCAGCAGCAGCGGCAGCGGGAGGUUCUGGUGGGACAAGCCGUUGGACGACGACAUGGCGGCCGAGGAGCUCGAGCAGUACGUGGUCGCGGUCGAAGAGCUGAUGCAGAAGGUUGCCAUGAAGGCCGACGACAUGAUGAUGAGGUCGCUCCUCCAGCCGUAUGGGGCCACGGUGGGCACGGCGGUGAAUGCGGCCGAGGCCAGCGAUGCCGACAUGGCGGUAAACCAUUUGGUGCAUGAGAAUGAAGGGAAAUUCAACGAUUAUGGCCAAAUUGGAGGACCUGGAUUUUAUUGAUGAAUGCAAGAAGCCUUUCUUCUUCUGGUCAUGAUUUAAAUUUGGAUAGUUUCGA